AAUCAUAACUAUGUCCAUGCUUUUUGAAAUGUGGUGUGAUUGUUGUUUUGAGUAAAAUAUUUCUAGUGUCAGCUUAAUCUUUAUAUUUAUAGUUUUAAACUGUCUAUUCAUUGGAUAGUAUCUUAUUAAAAUGGCUGGUCUAGAAUUAUUGUCUGACCAAGGUAUUCGAAUGGACGGUCGGCGCCCAAAUGAAUUACGAAAAAUUGAAUGUAAAUUAGGUGUUUCAGAAGGUGCUGACGGAUCAGCUUAUUUUCAACAAGGAAACACUACAGUUUUAGCCACUGUCUAUGGUCCCCAUGAAAUAAGUGGAAGAAAAUCUAAAGCUUUAGCAGAUAGAGCACUGGUUAAUUGCAAUUAUAAAACUGCUCCAUUUAGUACAAAUACCAGAACUAAAUCCUCUGUAUAUGACAGAAGAGCUCAAGAAAUGUCCAAUAUUUUGAAGUCUGCAUUUGAAUCUACAAUUCUUACCAGUUUGUAUUCAGGAUCACAGAUUGAUCUAUUUUUCUUGGUUCUUCAUGCUGAUGGUGGUAACUGCAGUGCAUGUAUAAAUGCUGGCACCUUGGCUCUUAUAAAUGCAGGAAUUCCUCUCAAAGAUUACUUGUGUGCCUGUUCAGCAGGGUUUGUAAAUGAAACUCCUCUCAUGGACAUUAAUCACUUUGAAGGUUUUCUGGGAGGCACAGAACUUAAUUUGGCUAUUUUGAAAAAGUCAGAACUUAUUGCAUGUGAUGAGAUGACAGAACGAUUACACACAGACCAUAUAGGCAAAAUUCGAAAAAUUGCUAUUCAGGGCUGUAAAGAUAUUUAUGCUAUUUUAGAUGCAGCUGUAAGGAAACAUGCUGCUGAGAUUUCAUAACUUACAUAGAUUUGUCAUUUUCACUAAGUGAUGUGUUAAGCUUUCAUAAUGUAUAUUUUUAAAAAAUAAAUCUCCAUAAUUUUCUAA